AUGAGGAUCAGCGGUGAUGGCUUCGCUUCGCCUGUCCCUGCUGCUACAUCUGCUGUAGAAGACUACGCGGCUCGAGUGGAGGAAGCCUCGGGAGUAGCCACAGAAGCCGCCAUAGUAGAGCAACAGGCUAUGGUCCAUGAUAAGGCCAAUAGAAUGCAAAAUGCUAUAACAUGUUAUGUCCAGGCCAGUAACAGACUAGCAGAAGCGGUGUCCCUCCUGCCCAGUGCCCAUCCAGAUGUCAGAGCUAUAUCUCAGCAUAGGGUAUCCCUCACUAUGACCUCCUCUGCGAUGGCCCCUCCUGGCGAGGGCCGAUCGACUGCUGGACCAAGCACCACUGAGGUCGGGGCAGCAGCGGCUCUUGGGGGCUUGGGAGGGAUGCUCCUGUUGGGUCCAUUCGGGAUGGUAGCAGGGGCUGCUGGUGCGGCUUACUGCACUACACGUAACGACGCUGUGGGGUACGCGGCACGGGGAGCUGGCUCUUGCACAGCGGCAACCGUCCAUCAGGGUACGGAAAUAGCCCAGCGGUAUGGUAUCGGUCAGAGAGCCCAGAGCUUGGUCACAGGAGCAGCUGUGAGGGCGCGAGAGCUCAAUGACAACUACCACGUCACAGAGAACCUACGCGCUGGUGCAGCAACGGCAGGUAGGCGACUGACUGAGUUCAAUCAGCAGUACCAAGUGACCGAUCGGAUUGGGUCGGGACUGGCUCGUGGUGUGAGCGCUAUCGGUGGAUGGCUUUCGGGCAAUCCUCAGUCCCGUCAAGCUUGA